AUUUAUAAAUAUUAAAAAUAAAUAUCAAUGAUCACAUUGAAACUGUUACAUUGUAUAAGCAACCCAUAUUUUUUUGUUGUUGGUAUUUUCCAUUGUUGAUGCUUCUCCCUUCUCUUCACAGAUACUAUAUUAGUAUUACUCUUCUGGGGUUGAGAAGGAAAGUGAAGCUGAACAAAAAGAUUCUUGAAAAAAAAAAAAAAGGAUAAAGGAAAAAAUAAGAAGAGGGAAAGAUUUGGUAAUAGUGGUUCUUGUACUAUAUCCAUAUCCCAUUUAUUAUAUUUUGUUGGUUACAUAACAUAAUUGUUUGAAAAAGACUGUGAAAGAGUGAUUGUUGCCCUCAGAUCCAAGGUACUCAAAGUUUUAUGUGACAACAAAAGGGACCAAUUUACAGGUUGAUUCAAUUCUUGGUUUUUGAGUAACUGAGUAGAUUUUGGGAUAAAGAAGAAGAAUUUAAAGAAAGUGGAGAAAAUCUUACCUUUUUUGUAUUUUUAGGUGAAUUUUGUACUAAAAAGGUUGUUGGUGUUUACUACUACUUUUUUUGCUUACCAGAUCUGACUAAAAAAUUGCCAUUUUCAAGAAUCAGAGGUUUAAUGGGAGCAAGUUAAAGAUAGGGCUGAUGUUUGAUCUUUCUAGGCAUGGAAAAUGGUGUUGUGAAGUUCAUGAGAAGAUUAUUCUUGAUAGAAAAGAAAAGUGAUCUUUUAGUAGUUUGACAAUGACAGGGUUAGAGGGUAACUUUUACUGCUGUCAAGAUAGUGAUUUUGAUGGAGGAGAUGUGUUUGGCGGUUGCUCUGCCAUUUAGAUUAGGUAACUUGAUCUGUCACAACCAAAAAAGUAUAGUAAGUCAUAAUAUGGAUGUCACUAGGCUAAAGUCAAUGGAUGACGCUACAAGUUCGACAGAUUCUGGUAAUGAUGAUUGCAAAUGUGCUGAUUCAGAGAAAGAAGUCAGUAUUAUUACUGUACCUGAAGAAAGUAGGCUACAUAUGAUAUCUGAAAAUGAAAAUGAGGAUGAUGAGAUCUUAUCAUUGGAUGGUGAUCAAAUUCUUGAUAGUUCAUAUUCCCUGUCAGUGGUAAGUGAUUCCAGUAGUUUAUGUGCUGAUGAUUUUAUAAGUUUUGAGGUAGCGUCUGAUAUAGACGGUCAGAAUUUGGUAGAUGUCAAACUUAUAGCUAAUAAGGCUGGAGAUCUGGUAGAAAAGCCUCUGGUCAAAGUUGAUGAGCAGAUUACGGAUGGCUCCAGCUCAAAAUCAUCUGCUGAAGUUGUUGUUCAGCUACCCUCAGCAGUUAGCCGCAGUAUUUUUGAAGUGGAUUAUAUACCCCUUUGGGGAUUUACAUCUGUGUGUGGAAGGAGACCUGAAAUGGAAGAUGCGCUUGCAACUAUUCCUAGGUUCUUGAGAAUUCCUUUACCGAUGCUAGUUGGCGAUCGUGUGCCUGAUGGAAUUACUAGGUGCUUAAGUCAUUUGACAGCGCAUUUCUUUGGAGUUUAUGACGGCCAUGGUGGCUCUCAGGUGGCAAAUUACUGCCGAGAUCGAAUGCACGCUGUAUUGGCUGAGGAGUUGGAAACCAUUAUGGCGAAUAUCAAUGAUGAAAAUAUUAGGCAAAAUAUCCAGGACCAAUGGAAAAAGGCAUUUACCAACUGUUUUCUCAAGGUUGAUGAUGAGGUUGGAGGGGCGGGGGGAAAUCAUGAGGCUGUUGCCCCAGAAACUGUAGGGUCCACGUCCGUUGUCGCCAUUGUUUGUUCAUCGCACAUAUUAGUAGCAAACUGUGGUGAUUCAAGGGCUGUUCUAUGCCGUGGGAAAGAACCCAUGGCAUUGUCAGUGGAUCACAAACCAAACCGAGAAGAUGAAUAUGCAAGGAUUGAAGCAGCUGGAGGGAAGGUUAUACAGUGGAAUGGGCAUCGUGUUUUCGGCGUUCUUGCAAUGUCUAGGUCUAUUGGAGAUAGAUACUUGAAGCCGUGGAUAAUUCCUGAUCCAGAAGUAAUGUUCAUACCUCGAACCAAGGAGGAUGAAUGCCUUAUCCUUGCAAGUGAUGGUUUAUGGGAUGUUAUGACAAAUGAAGAGGUGUGUGAUUUGGCUCGCAAGCGCAUACUUCUCUGGCAUAAAAAGAACGGUGGAACGCUUCCCUUGGAAAGGGGCCAAGGAAUUGAUCCAGCAGCACAGGCAGCAGCAGAAUGCCUGUCAACUCGAGCUCUUCAAAAGGGCAGCAAGGACAACAUAACAGUGAUUGUUGUGGACUUGAAAGCCCAAAGAAAAUUUAAGACCAAAACCUAACAUAACUGAUCUCUCAAUCAGCCGUUUCCAUUUAUAGGUUCACAGUAUUGACUUCAUAUGAUUCAAUAUAGCCAGCCCUUUUAAUUUUUACCGGGGGACUCUGGGACUAAGGUUUUCAUUAGAGUAGCUUACUGUAUGUAUUGUAGUACUUGUUCCAUCCUCUGUAUGUAGUUUUCUUCCUUUAGCUGUUUGAAGUAGGAACAUACAUUAUUCCUCCGAGUUAAUUGCUCUGUGAGGUUAUUUGCCUCUCAGUAUUACUUGACAUUGUUGGAAACAGUAAUGAGCGAAUAGAGAGACCUCUUCUUAAAUGUAUUCAACUAUGCAUCUUCUUA